AUGGAAGAGAAGUGUAUUCUUGCACUACUAAUGCGGCAUCUGCGUGUUCGUGCGCUACUCCGCACAGACGAGAUGCGUGUUGCUGCAGAGCUCAUCAUCCGACCGCUCUACGGGAAUCGGAUAAAAUUGGAGAAGAGGGAUUAUGGUGACUACGCACAUUGUAGCCCG